AUGGACACUGAGAGCGAGUCAUACCUGCACCUACUGUUGUCAGACAGUAAUCUUCCUACCGGCUCUUUUGUUGCGUCUGCUGGCUUAGAAUCAUACGUGAAGCACGGGUUCUUCUCUCCAGCAGAUUUUACGUCCACGCCUUCCCCUCCCUCACUGACUCGAUCGACGAUCAACUUUGUCCGAGAUAGCGUUCAGGCAUACGCACACAGUGCACUUCCAUUUAUAUCGGCCGUCUAUGAUAUAUGUGUAGUAUAUCGAGACCAGAGGGAUGUGGACGGAUCUGCAAGUCUGGAGCAGUCACUGCGGUCUCUCAAAGAGAUAGAUGACCUGUAUGAGUCUAUGACUCUUAAUCAUGUCGCAAAAAGGGCUUCUACCGCCCAAGGUGUUGCUCAUUUGACGUUGUUGUCGAAGGGCUUUGUUCGGCCAUCGUGGCUACACGAUAAGGGUUUACUGGACGGGGAGAAGUUAGGGGUUCAGACUCAGACUGGGGGUGCGCAUAUGGAGAGGCUUGCGGACGAGCUGAAGAUUCACAUCCGCAGAGGAGACAUUAAUGGACACUUACCAAUUUGUUGGGGAAUCAUGACAGUGGCCCUUGGACUUUCGUGCGAACGCAGUCAGUAUCUACAUAUGUUCCUCCACGCUCGAGCGCUCGUCUCUGCCUCCAUACGUCUCAACAUCCUAGGGCCAUAUGCGGCGCAACAACUCUUACUGCACAUCAUUCAUCCGCUCCUUGAUAACGUCGUAAAAAGCAUCAAACCAAAUCACCUCCGUCUCGUCGGCAGAGCGAGCUCAUUCUCCAGUCCCUCUUCGACCUCUGUUGUCAGCGAUUCAGAGGUGGACGAUGAGUGUGAGAUAGGCCCAGCCAUGACGUGGCCCCUGGGUGAGAUACUUGCAACAAGACAUGAUCUCCAGCAUUCCCGUAUUUUCAAUAGCUAAGCAAUGGGCAGAUUUGAGCGCCAUUUUAGUCCUUCAACUGUAUCGGGUGCGAUAUCUGGUGUUAUUUCGCGGCGCCUGGCUAGGCAGCAUAUUUUUGGGCAAAAGCAGCCCUUGACAUCAUCGGGGUUGCUUCAGUAAAGGAUGGUUGGAACCUCAAGAUUCCGUUGUAAGCUUAUCAAAUGGUCCCUUCAAUCGAUGCGACUCCUUUUUGCCAUAAACAAGUCACAAAUAUCAGCAAACUGAUGGGGGGUGGCACAUCCAUUUUUUUUCGGUGUUCAAAUCUUUUGGGGGGUCAUGGCUGUUGGGACUGAUGAAGGGAGGUUAGCAGGACCGCGAAGCCAGCGGCGGGAAACGAUUGUAUUGAGUGAGAGCGCAUGUUGGCGGGUGUUUAUGUCGGGUCGACGACGCAUCGGGAGCGCGUCAGUUUUCGUUUCACUCC